AUGCUUCUGGAAGGCCCAAAGGGGACCAGGCUCGGUACUACUAAAAGACUUCGCAGUAUGCUUCUCCCUUGUACAGCCCAGCUUGAAGACCUGGCCGCAAAAUUGGAAGAGCGGCUAGAUCCGAUGAAACCGGGUACCAUCGCAGGAAAAUUGCAUUUACGCAUGAAGUGGCCAUUCGAGAGCGAGGAUAUCGACAGGAUCACGCUCAACCUAUGCAAAUUCCGCGAUGCGCUCUCUGUUUGUCUUAACAUCGAUCAGACGGCACUUAUUCUGCAAAGUUUCGAACAGGUUGAAGCGAAUGAAGGUGUUAAAAUUCUAAACUGGAUUUCGUCCGUUCCACAUGGCAAACACCACAACACAAUUAAAGAAGCGCGAACGCCGGGUACUUGUGAAUGGAUUCUACAAGAUAGAAGGUGCCAAGAUUGGGAACAUUGCAAUAUGUCGAUGCUCCUAUGGCUCCAAGGCUCUCCUGGAACUGGGAAAACAUUCCUGACCUCCAAGAUCGUUGACCAUAUCAAUCUUGCAACCAGAAACUCUCCAAACCGAGAGGGUUUAGCGUUCUUCUACUGUAACCGAAAUGAAGACGACCAACGCAGACCAGUCGCUGCACUUCGAAGCUGGAUCCGGCAAUUGUCGACUGCCACAGGAAGCACCGAGCAGAUACCUACGAAGCUUCGAGGUAUGUACCAUCAGGCGAUGAAGGAAGCCUCGGACCUAAGUCUUCAAAUCUGCAAAGAGUAUUUACUUGAGUUAGUACAUCUGCACUCGAGGACCAGUCUUAUAUUGGACGCUUUAGAUGAGUGCGAUUCAAACUCGCGCGGACAACUUAUUGAGGUCAUAGAGUUCCUUCUUACUCACUCCAGGAACUCCCUCAAAGUUUUUGUUUCAAGCCGACCCGAUGGAGACAUCAGAGAACGAUUUCAAUCUCGGCCAUACAUCGAGAUACAGGCCACUAAUAAUCAAGAUGACAUCGGGAGAUUUGUCAAAAGGGAAAUCACAUCGCACCGUCGCUGGAGAAACAUGUCCCCCUCACUAAAGGAGCACAUUUUGCAGACUAUUAUUGGAAACAGCAAUGGAAUGUUUCAAUGGGCCUCUCUUCAAGUCAAGCAGCUACUGGAGCUCUUGACAGAAGCAGCUAUCAUGGAUCGGUUGGGAAGACUGCCCUCCGAUCUGAAAACCACCUAUGAUGAAAUGUACGGCAACAUCAGGGCUCGCAAUAGACAUGACAGGGUCCUUGCAGAUCGUGCUUUCAUGCUAGUGAUGUGUAGUUUCAAGUCAUUGAAUAGUGUCGAGCUCCUGAGUUCCAUUCGCUUGGAUUCAGACCCACUUGUCCUUCACAUGUUCGAGAGAGUUGACGAGGAUCUCCUGCUAGACAUUUGUAACAACCUUCUCGUCCUUGAUAAGCAAGAAAAGGUAUGGAGGUUCUCUCAUAUCUCAGUAAUGGAAUACCUUGAGGAACACCACUACGAUCUUCGCCAGGCCCACUGCUAUGCGGCUAUUGUCUGUCUCAGACUCCUCACUGGCGGGUAUGAGGAAUCUAGAAUCGACGGACCUAAGGAAAUUUUCCAUCCGAAGCACCCCUUCCAGUUUUAUUGCCGAAAUUUCUGGCACUCUCAUACUCGAGCUCAGGGAGGAGAACAGCCUAAUCUUCAGGUAGUUGCCCUGUUGGAACUCUUCUUAGGAUCGCCGAAGACGAGCAGCAUUCACUACCAGCAGUGGUUCUUUGAGGUCAAAAACGACUUGAAACGAGGAUUAUAUCAUACUUUCUCUAGAUCUCUUUUGAUAGAAAUAUCACCACCGAGCGUUAGUCUUUUCGCAGUGUUGCGUUUAUCGUUAAUUGGUUUUCUAGGGGAGUGGCUAGACAGUGCAGAAAUUCCACUCUCACUAACGAAUAUCCUUAACAACGAUCUCCUCACAGUCGCUGCGCUCUCGGGCUCUACGACUACAUGCAAAAUACUUCUAGGCCGUGGCUUUUCUAUCAAUCCACAGGAUGAACCGUACACCAGUUUCCAUUCUUAUCCUCCUUCAGCGACCGCAAGUAUUCGCAUUGGUCAUAGCAAAGAGAUCGCUGAACAGAAAGGAUUGAGAUCAACGAGACUUGGUCACUAUGGCCACUGUCUUAUAGCUGCGGCCUCUGAGGGAUACCUCAAUGUUGUCAAGUACCUUUUAGCACAAGGUGCGGAUGUCAACCUCGAGGCUGGGUAUUACGGUAGUGCUCUCGUAGCAGCAGCCGCACAUGGGAGAAUCGAUACUGUCGAACUUCUCCUGGCCAAUGGUGCAGACGUGAACCGACAAAUCAAACAUCGGCGUAGUGCUCUUGUCGCCGCAGCAGAAUCAGGGUUUAUUGGCAUCGUGAUGUUGCUCCUGGAUAAUGGUGCAAUUGUUCAACAACGAAGCCCGUACUAUGGCAGCGUUCUCGAGGCUGCAGCUAUGUGUGGGUCCGAUGAUAUCAUCAGAGUCCUUGUUGACCACGACGCGAAUACAAAUUUUUCAAAUGACCAUUGCGGUGAUGCUCUGAUAACGGCAGCCAUAGCAGGCAAAACCAAAGCUAUGGAAUUCUUGAUCGAGCGAAUUCGAGCUAUCAGCAUGCACACAUGCGCUCACUACUGUGGCAUUGCCCUGAUAGCAGCAGCCGGCGAGGGAAGUGUGGAGAGCAUCCGCCUACUAAUCAAACAUGGCGCAGACGUCAAUCUGCGGCUAAGGACUACGAGCUACAGCAGUAGCUGCGGCAGCGCUUUAGCUGAAGCAGCGCACAGAGGGAGAAUCAGAGCUAUCAAGUUGCUUAUCCAACAAGGCUCAGAUGUGAACUUACAGUUGACUGCUGGAUACUACGGUAAUACAUUGGCCGCGGCAGCCGCGUCUGGUAAAACGUCGAUCGUGAAGUUUCUUGUGAGGCAAGGCGCAGACGUGGACAUACAGCCGUACAUGGGAAAAUACAGUGCACUAGAAGCAGCAGCGCUCUUUGGCGAUACCAGGAUGGUCAGGUUCCUUUUCAAGCACGGUUCUGGUCUCAAUGAACCUCGUCGGACUGAGAUGAUUAGCGAGGCUCUAGAAGCCGCGGUAUAUGGAACAAACGUCAAGUCAGUAAAGUUUAUAAUAAAGCAAGGCGUAGAUCUGAAACAAACGGGCUGGGAGGGUAGCGGAAACGACUUAGUAGACCAUGUGAGAUAUCUCAGGAAGAAGCAGGCCAUAAAGACAAUAAGACCAACUACAUCAGAGGGUCCUUCAUAG